UCCUCCCCUUCCCCUCUCCCCUCCAUCCUCGCCUCGCUCCCUCUCUCCUCGCCCGCUGGGUGCUGAAGUUGGGCGGAUGGCAGCGAACCGGCUCCGCUAGAGGACCGAGCAGCCCAGCCUCGCGCCCCCGGACCCCUCGGUGCGCUGCCCACACCUCCAGGCCACGGGCCAGUUGGGUACGAAAGUAGCUGAAAUGCGAAAAAGACAGCAGUCACAAAAUGAAGGAACACCUGCUGUGUCCCAAGCGCCUGGAAACCAGAGGCCCAACAACACGUGUUGCUUCUGCUGGUGCUGUUGCUGCAGCUGCUCCUGACAGAUUUCCAUGGUCAACCAUGAAAAAUCAGAACUCAAGAGACAUCAGCUCUCAUCUCUCCAGAAUGGUCCUAUUGACUUCUUAUGCCGUGUGGUGGAGCCUCACUGUUAGGAAUGAAGAAAGAGGGGAAAAUGCAGGAAGACCCACACAUACCACAAAAAUGGAGAGUAUCCAAGUCCUAGAGGAAUGUCAAAAUCCUACUUCAGAUGAAGUCUUGUCCUGGUCUCAAAAUUUUGACAAGAUGAUGAAGGCCCCAGCAGGAAGAAACCUUUUCAGAGAGUUUCUCCGAACAGAAUACAGUGAAGAGAACCUACUUUUCUGGCUUGCUUGUGAAGACUUAAAGAAAGAGCAGAACAAAAAAGUCAUUGAAGAAAAGGCCAGAAUGAUCUAUGAAGAUUACAUUUCUAUACUAUCACCAAAAGAGGUGAGUCUCGAUUCUCGAGUUAGAGAGGUGAUCAAUAGAAAUCUGUUGGAUCCUAAUCCUCACAUGUAUGAAGAUGCCCAACUUCAGAUAUAUACCUUAAUGCACAGAGAUUCUUUCCCAAGGUUUUUGAACUCUCAAAUUUAUAAGUCCUUUGUUGAAAGUACUGCCAGCUCUACUUCUGAAUCUUAAUUUUCACUAAAAAAAAAAAAAAAAAAAAAAAAUCAUUUUGGAGGGCUGGGAUGGGAAAUACAAGUAGUUAAAUAACACCAGAAACUGAGUUCCUGGAGAACUCCAGUUUAGCAUUCCUCAGGCUACUGUGAAAAUACAACCAUAUGGUCUUUGUCUCCAUUUUUAUCAAGGUGAUCCUGGUUAAGUUUGGAGAAAAUACCACAUAAAAACAACGAAUUGCCAAAUUAAGUUUGUUUUAUUCAACACUCAUUCUACUUGCAAGCAAACUGUAUUUGUAGUCCUAUGAACAGUCUCCUAGUGUAUCCCCAGAGACUGCAUGUGCAAAGUAAAACUGCUUCAUUUGCCACGUAGCUGUUGUAAUAUUUAAUCCAAUGGCAUAACUUAUAUCUGUAUUUAAGGACUUUUGUGCAAUAUGGUCUUAUAGAAAUAAUUGCCAAAAAAAUUGGCUGUGGUUUGCAUUUUUAAAUAUAAUCUAAGACAGAGAAAGCCAAUUUUUAAGUUGUAACAAUGGUAUUCAACAUGCUAUAUACUGUGUUCAGUACACUCAUUUUGAAGCCAAUAUUUCUGUACAUGGAAAAAGAGCUAUUUAUCUCUGUUUGUUGGGAAAUCCUAAUGGGGGAAUUUCCUCUGGUUGUUCACUGCCAAAACUGUGGCAUUUUCUUUACAGAAUAGUUUGCCUAUGUAAACAACAAAUAAGAAGAAGAAAAGAGAAAAAAAGCACAAAACAAUUUGAAGAUAUUCUAUCUCAAUGACAAAUCAAAGAGUGAUAAUUGUUUUUAAUUGUAAUAGAAGAAAAUCUAUGUAUAUAUCAGAUGUCCAAUACUGUAAUUAACUUAUUAAAGACUGGCUCUCCAGUUCUAAAACGGUUGUGUAAAGUAUGUACUUUAGCAAGAAAAAAAUUACUAAGCUCGAUAACUUAGUUUUGGGAUAUUAAAAAAAAAUAGGAUUUAAUAAAGGAAUGCCUACAUGUAGCAUAUAAAACAUUUUGAUGAAUAGCAUCUGUCCUGUGGCAUAUUUUCCUUGAAAGCAAAAUCUAAUGAAAAGCUAAGUUUUUAACCAAGUGAAGUUUUGUAAGGGUUAUGAAGAAGAUAAUCCUCUACUUCAGACCUUAACUGUUUUCAUAGUAUCUUCAGAAUGACUUAUUUUAAAAAUGUUAAAACCAAACUAUUAAUACUCAUCCAUAACUGAAAGGCAGUACAGUGCUCAAAUCUUUAGCUGCCAUAUUAUUUUUUAUAAGUACUGGUAAAUCUUUAAGACAGAAUACUUGCCUGACAUUGGCAUGUACUUUUGACACUCAAGAAAACAGUAUCCUAUCAUGCACACACAAAAGUCAGUGUCAUAUUUAUAUCAAGGUGUUACAUUUGAAUAUUAAUAUCCCCUGGAGGCUAUUUUUUUAACUUAAUAAAUAUAGUAUUGAGUCACCUAAAGUGAAAGUUUUAAAAAUAUUUAUAUCCACUGAGAAUACUGGCCUUAUAUUAAGGAUGAUAUUAAAAUGUAGGUUUUUGUCAUUUUUUAACUACCUCUCAUUUUUUAAUUUAUUAUACAUUUUUAAAAGAAACAAGUUUGGGGUUUUCUUUUUAAAAUUUAUUUUACUUGAAAGGUUGGCAUCGUAAGUUUCUUUUUCCAUAAAACUUAAGACAUUUCAAGAAUUGUUUUUUUAAGUGAAUUUGAUUUUCUAAUUUAUAUAGAAUUCAGGAGAUAUGGUUAAAAGGGCUAUUAUCUAUUCCCUAUGCAAAUAUUUUAACUGUUGCAGUGUUUGACAAAAUGGGAUUAAAAAAAGUUUGCAGAGUAGAAAACAAAAUGUUCUGUUUACACUGGCGUUGCUGACUAUCCUACCAUAUUCAGCACUUUUAAAUACAUUAUUUAUGAAAAUGUAGUUAGAAUACAAGAUAGAAAAUAUUUAUAAUAAUUUCUUUUAACAAAUGCCUGUUUUUGUCUGAAAGUGUUAGUGUGUUAAGACAUACUUUAUCCAUGUCAAUUAGAUAUUUACUAUUUGAGUAGUUUUCAGUAAUAUGUUGAAAAAAAGAUAGCUAUGAAGAUGUUUACAAAAGUCCUAUUUUUUUCCAAAAGAGUGAAGAAAAACCUAAAAGAAUCAUCACUUCUAUUGUGAAGUUCUAUUGUUCCUAAAUUAUUUAAUUUCUUCUUGAUUAGAAUUGAGUUUAUCAUGCUUCUAUGAUGUAUACACAUAUAUGUUGUAAUAUUAUACUUGUUGCUAUGUUUGAGGCACAAUAAAUUGGUGCACAUGAAUAGAAAAUAUGUAAUAUACUAUGAUACACUGCAUGCAUCAAUCUUUUUAAAUGUCGACUUUAUAUUCUUGUUGUUACUAUAAAUGAUGGUGACCUGCUAGCCAUAAGUUAUCUUUAUAAGAUACUUUGGACUAUUAGAUGAAUUGUCUGUUUGACAAUACCUUUAAUAUUUUACCAAAUGUAAAAGAUAAGGGCCCUUAUAAAGAGUCCUAAUCUCUAACCUGGGCAUUUGUAGAAUACAGACUUUGAAGUUAGUAUAUCCUUUCGAAACCUGGUUUGGAAGUUGGGCUGAGAAUGAUUCUAGAGCAGAUUUACACAUUGGAUGUUGGUAACCAUGUUAUGGAAGCACUUCUGCGCUAAAUUCCUAUUUGGGGGGGAGGGGAGGUUUCUCAUUUAAUUUCAAAAUUAAAUUGUUUAAAGUUUCUAUCUAAGAGUAUGUCUGUAUAUUUGCAACUCUACCAAUUUUUAAAGUAUAGUAUAACUCUUUCUGUUUUAAUUACAGAGCUGUAAUAAACACACAAAAUGCCCUCAACUGGUGUCUAUGCUACCAUUCCAAGAGCACAAUAUUUGUUAUGGUAGAAUUUGAUUUUUCCUAGUGAAUAUAUUCCUCCCUGGGGACAAAUUAGCACUUUAGAAGGGUACAUUUUGUGUUUUAGAUUGUCAGGAUAUCUUUGUGUACUGUUAGAAUCAGCUAAUGCACACAGAAAGAGAUUAAUGCUCUUUCUAUAGUGCCUAAAUUCAGAGUGUCUAUCAUUGAAAGAGAAGUAGAGGGUAUAGAUUAUAUAUAAAUAUAUAUAACAAAUUGGAGAGCCAGAUUUCUUCAGAGAUGGAUCUUGUACAUAGAUCACACUAAUAAUGGAUGGAUGACACUUCUUCUUCUUUACGCUAAAUAAUUGUUAUUAUGUUACUCAAUGGUAAUAUUGAUGUUCCAACAGUGUUAUAGGGCAGCUCUAAGCACAAUGGGUGCACUGGCAUAUGAACAACAAUAGCAAAACACAAUUUUGAUAUCAACGUUAUGGAGUGUAAAAAUCAAGACCGUAAUGUGUUUUUUUUUUUGGUUUUUUUUGUUUUUUUUUUUAAGACCUUAAAAUAUGUACAUAGGAUGACCAGCUCUGAUAUUUGGUCAUGGUGCAUGGGGUGUUUACUAGUGUCCUUUAAUGCUGCCUAAGUUCUUACUUACAGAAUGAAAUGCAUAUCAUAUAUUUACCUAAUAGUUCAGUUUUGCAAAAGGACUAUAGAAAUAGGUAAAUAAUGUUUAUAUAUUAGGGGCAAAAAUACAAUUUCACCCCAUUAAGCUGACUUAAGAUAAUACCUGAUUCUUAGUUUUGAACGUAUCCAUUUUUUUCUAUACACUUUUAACAUAUUGAAAAAAAAUGUCAUAUCGUAAUUUGUUACAAGUUACAUUCGCAAAAAAUACAAUCUAUCAGAUGCUUUGAGGAAUAAAUAAAGAAGGAAGAAAUGUUAAAUACAAUCAGAAAACAGGAAAAUAAGAACUCUUUCAAUAGCCACCUAAAAUUUCUUAGGCCUAAAAUGCCUAUAGAUAGAACCCUAACAAACAUGAAUUUUAAAAACUUUGGAAACAAUGGCAAAUUAUUUCGAAAGGUGGUAAGGAUAGUUCUGGAAAAUUCUCUUUCCUGUGUAUUUAUAUUAACAGCAUAUGACCCUAAUUUUCAAAAUAUAUUAUGCAAACAUUUAUAUUUGCAUGCUCUUGUCAGUUCUUUUUAAAUUUCUGACCAAUAUAAAAUGCUUGUUCUCCUGAGAAAACAGUAUUAAAUCUGUAAAAGUUUUAGUUAUUCCUCACUUGUUACUACUGCAAAUAUUUAUCAAUAAAACUGAUACCAAAAACAUGGCUGCUGAUCUUCCCUGUAACAUUCUUAUAGUAUCUUUGAAACACAUGAUAGUGCGCAGACUGAGAUUGUCGUUCCCAAAUACCAGGCUUUACUUAUAAAUUUGAAAUCAGGUUACCUUUCUGUCUCAUGUGACUUUGGGCAAACAUUAUAUUGAACCUCUCUGAGCUUGUUUCCUCAUCUUCAAGUAGGGAUACUCCAUUUACAAGGUGGCCAUGAGAAUUAAAAGAGGUCAACAUGGAAAGCAUAAAGUGUGACAUAUAUUUAUUAUUAUCAAAAUUCUCCAGUUCAAUAAUUAUUCUCACUUCAAAAAUAUAGGAAUUAAAUGCCACCUUAAUGCACUUUUCUCUUCUUUUGGAAGUAUACUUUGAAAAUGAUUUAAUUAUUCAAACAAAUACAACCAUGCUUAUUUCAAGACGGAGGACCAUAUGAAUCUGUUACUGCUUUGUUCAUUAAUAUGAUUCAAAUUCAGUCUGCAGUUCAUGAACAUCACACUGGACCUACAACCAAGAAGUAGAUUUUUUUCAAUGACACACAUACAUGGAUAUAAAUAUAUAGAUGUGUGUAUGCAAAUGUGUAUAUAAUAUUGUAGGCUUAAAAUAAAUGCUUAAAUAAGAUAAAUAAAAAAUAAAUCAUUUGAAAAUUUUAUUUCCAAAGGAAAUAAAAAACAUUCCCAAGGAUAGGAAGAAUAUAAACAUCAAGUAAUUUGGCAAAUAAAUAUGUGGAAGUAAAGCUAAAACUAAGUUAUGAGAGACUAUUAGAAAACAUUGAUAUUGGCAUGGAAUAGAAAGCAUUCUGGUAUGAUUUUUAAAACAAUUUUACCAUGAAAAUAUGAAAUUAAAAGAAAAAAAGUGGUUGUGUGUUCAUAAAAUUUUUCAUUAAACCUUUUAUUUUAGAAUAGUUUUAGAUUCACAGAAAAGUUGCAAAGAUAAUACAGAGAGGUUCCAUAUACUGCACACCCAUUGUGACACUUGUCACAACUAAUGAACCAAUAUUGAUGCAUUAAGUCCACACUUUAUUCAGAUUUCCUCAGCUUUUAAUGUCUUUUUUCUGUUCAAGGAUUUCAUUCAAGAUACAUACAACAUUUAGUCAUCCUGUCUUAAGUUCCUCUGAGCUGCAACAGUUUCUCAAAUUUUUUUUUGUUUUGUUUUUGAUGACCCUGACAGUAUUGAAGAAUACUGGUCUAGUACUUUGUAAAAUGUCCCUUAAUUGGAAUUUGAUGUUUUUCCCACGAUUAGACAGGUGUUACCAGUUUCUGGAAGACCACAGAAGUAAAGUGCUAUUUAUAUCAAAGGUACAUACCAUCAUCAUGACUUACCACUGUUACUAUUGACCUUGACCAUCUGGUUGAGGUAGUGUUUAUUAGGUUUCACCACUGUAAAGCAAUACAUUAUUAAGAGAUCAAAUUAGAGGUAAAGAUACUGGACAUUAACACUGAGCUAAAAAAAUUCUAAGCAGAAUCCUCAGCACUGCUAUUAGGUUCCAUUAAAUGACUGCUAACAUAUACCAUGAAGAAAAUACAAUAAACUAGAAAUUGAAAUGGGAAAAUAAAACUCCAAAACUAUAGCUUAAAUAUUCACUUAAUGGAGGUGAAAGUGAAUUUUCUGCCUUGAACUAUCUUUACUUUAUCCUCUACAUCCCUUGGAUAGUAAAGAUUUUAUUUUAAUUGUCAGAAGAGGUAAUUUAAAUCUAUUAUUUUUUGCUGAGUGCUUUUCCAUAUUGUCCUCAACAGAACAAUGAACACUGAUUAUUGAAAUAAUGUGAAAGACUUGAUUUUUUUCCCCCUUGCUCUAACCUAUUUGUCAUAUAUACAACUUCUUGCAUAUGAUUUUAGGGUGUUUGCUAAAUAUAAAAAUAAUUUCAAUGUGUUUAGUUUUGUAAAAUUUAUCAUAUCGAAUGUGUACAAUUUUUUACUACCAUGUUCAUUGUACUUAAUCUAUAUAUCCAUAUUUUGUAGUCUGCUAAUAUUAGUGGACCAUAAAGGAGUUGUGAAUGCAUGAAUGCAACUUGAGACACAUGCUUGGUUAUUUGGCACUGUCAGAAUACUGUAGGUACUUAUAAAUUGAAUAGAUAAUCUAGAUUAUAUUUCCUCCAAUUUAAGUUGUUUUGGGUUUUUAUUUCCCCGCCCUUGAAUCUAUGUUAUCUUUUUACCUCUGUACAAAUAAUAGACUUUCUGAAAAUGCUAGAAUCUUCAAUAUGUAAUACUCAAAUUUGAGCAUGACAGUAAUGUAAGGAAAUUCAGAAGUCUCAAACUAUUUUUUUUUUUGAGUUUUCAAAGUAAAUCAAACUACAGUUGUUUUCAUUUGACUAUAUUGUGGAAACCUAUGGAUAUUAUUGUAAGAUGCACAUGCAUUACACUUUUUUAAAAUGUUUUGAAUUAAUAAAGAAUUCACCAUUGUAUCUGUA